CUCGCGGUCUCAGACACAACAACCCCUCGGUAAUACGGUCUACUGUCUAUCUGGCGUAUCAUUGACGUCCGGCGAUUUGAAUAAAAGAAAACAUAGCCCAGAUUCCAAUUGACACCCCAGAAACCCAAGCACCCACAUACACAUCCAUCAUGAAGUCCCGAGCUCUGCGUCAAGUCGCCCUGCGACGGGUCACCCUUUCUAGACCACAUGUAACACCCAUUACUAUCCGAUCAGCCAGCAGUGUAUCGCAACGGCCCAAUUCCAACUUUGUCUCCUUUCCUGGUGCUUUGAAAAGCGCGUUCACAAGCUCUCUCAAGUUCGAAGAUCCCGAGUCGUAUCCUGCCUUAUCGACGUAUCGCGUUGUAGACCAGCAUGGAGUUGUGGUGGAUGAAUCGUUCAAACCUGAUAUCUCCGAUGAGGAGGUUAUUCGUCUAUACAAAGAUAUGGUCUUCAUCUCGAUUAUGGACCUGAUUAUGUUUGAUGCGCAAAGACAAGGUCGAUUGAGCUUCUAUAUGGUUAGUGCUGGCGAGGAGGCCGUCAGCAUUGGAAGUUCAAGCGUGCUCGACAAAGACGAUGUUAUGUUCUGUCAAUACAGAGAGCAAGGCGUGUUUAAGGAGCGAGGGUUUACAGCCAAAGAUUUCAUGAGCCAGUUGUUUGGUAACAAGAACGACCCAAGUCGAGGACGCAGCAUGCCUGUCCAUUACGGAAGCAAAGAGCUGAAUAUUCAUUCAAUUUCGUCUCCAUUAGCGACACAACUUCCCCAGGCUUCCGGUGCCGCUUAUGCUCUCAAGAUGCAAAGACUUCAAGACCCCAGCUCCAAAGCCCGUGUGGUAGCGGCAUACUUUGGUGAGGGUGCGGCUAGUGAAGGAGACUUCCAUGCUGCUCUUAACAUUGCCGCAACACGAUCGUGCCCUGUUAUCUUCAUCUGCAGAAACAACGGAUAUGCUAUCUCAACGCCUACACUAGACCAAUACCGUGGUGAUGGUAUCGCCAGCCGUGGUAUCGGCUACGGUAUCGAUACCAUCCGAAUAGAUGGUAACGAUAUCUGGGCCGUCAGAGAAGCUACAAAGAAGGCACGUGAGAUGGCCCUUGAAGAUGGUGGGAAGCCAGUUCUCAUUGAAGCCAUGACCUACCGUGUCUCUCAUCACAGCACAUCAGAUGACUCGUUCGCCUACCGUGCGCGUGUAGAAGUUGAAGACUGGAAGCGUCGCGACAACCCUAUCACUCGACUACGAAAGUGGAUGGAAGCGAAAGGCAUCUGGGAUGAGGCCAAGGAGAAGGAGGCUCGCAGUGAUCUUCGCAAGGAGAUAUUGAAGGCGUUCAGUGAGGCAGAGCGGGAGAAGAAGCCCCCGAUUCGGGGCAUGUUUGAGGAUAUAUACGAAGAGUUGACAGAUGAUUUGAAGGCGCAGAUGAAGGAGCUUAAGGAGAUGCUGGAUAAGUAUCCCGAGGAGUAUGAUGUUGCUGAGUUUGAGGGUGGUAAGGAUAGCUUGAAGCCAUGAGAUAGAAGUUGUAAUGGGGCGAUGAAUAGCCCAACCGAUGCAAAAUCAAAGAACAAUCUCGAAUGAUAUUCUAAUCAAUUCAGUAAAAAAUUCAACCAGUGUGGGUAUAGUUAUAAGUGACAUCAGUUUGUGG